AUGAAUACAAGCUUAUUCAUCAGAGACGAUAAAACUACGUCAUUUCUGUUAGAUCUUGAAUGUAAUGUAUCUAGCCCCAUUAUUAAUGAUCUACUCGAUAUGAAAUCUGUAUUUCCCAAUUCCAUAAAUUUACUAAGUCUGGUAGACUUAGAUUUCCAUUAUAACACUUUUCAGCCAAAACUACAACUUGCUGACAUUAUCGAAGCAUUGAACUAUCUGCUUGGUUCGUUGUUCAUUAACUUGGAGUUUAAAUUCCCAUUUGUGUUUUCAUUUUACGGUAGAAAGCUAUUCAAAACAAACUAUAAUUGGCUCGUCAGAAACCUCGACGAGAUGUUAUGUUCAUCUCCUGCAAAUCUCCCUUCUGUAAUUCAUAAUAAGAACGAAACAUUCUUACAAUCCAUGAAAAGUAUUCAGUUGAAAGCACUAGCAGAAUACAAUACUUUGAAUAUUAUGAAAGAAUGUGAUACGUCUGGAUCUAAGCUAGACGCUUGCAAGAAGUACAGAAGCCGUUUCCUUGAUCUGGGCUUACCUCCCACCCCUAAUUUAUCCAUUAAAGCAAUGGUUUUCGACUUACAACUCCUUGACCUAAAGUCUAUUGAAAGCCAUCUUGAUAUCGAAUCGAUCACGUGA